AUGCUAUCAUAUGGAGUAUUCUUAGGAAUUGCUCAACACUCAACUUUUGAACUCUUACCAAUUUUUAUCCUUCUCAUUUGUUUAUAGCUAGAUAAAAUUAUUGAUUAGACUUACAUUCUUAUAGUAUUUCCAUUUCUUGUACGAGAACUUAUGCUGUUGUCAUUUUUAAUAUUUAUCACUCCUGAAUUAUUUGAUGAUAACUAUGAAAUAGUUACUCUAGCUCUAAAAUAAUUAAAUUUUAAUUGGUUUUAAGUAAUAAAUUUACUGCUUUUUACAGUAUUUUACAACAUCAUUAUACUGAUAACUGAUUGUAUUACAACUGUGAUUUGGCUAUGCAUAAUUUUGGUCAGGUGUGUAUUUUGUUUAAGUUAAUUAAUUCUUCUUUUGAAUGAUUUAAAUAAAGUUUUUACUAAUAAAUUUUUAGAAUACUUAAACAUGCUCUAUAAAAAUCUAGUAAAUAAAUUUACUAUAAAGAUCAAAAACAAACGUUAUAUCUGUCAAUCCUACCUUUAUAAUAAUGAAUUUCAUUAAAUAAAUCAUAGUGAAAAAUUGUUAUAUUUUUAUUUUUAAUACAAUAAUGUAUAUAAUUCUAUUUCGUUUUAUCUAAUAUAUAUUAUUCUCUAUUUUUAUAUCUUAUUAUUAAGUAGUAAUCUAAUUAACAAACUGUAAGAAGUUUAAAAAGUUAUAAAUUUUCUAAAUCUAUAUCAGUAUUUCUUAUUAGAGAAAAAGUUCAAAUUAGCAUUAAUAUAAGCUCAAGCGCUUUUUCAAACUAGUUAAAAACAUUCAAGAAAGAUCAAUUGUUAAUAAUUAAGCAGUUUACAAGGAUGAAAGUGAAAGACCUGGAUCUUGAUAACAUAUGUCUUCUGUUAAUCCCCAUUGCCUCCAAGAGGACCUUUAUUUUCAGGAACUUAAAAUAAAGGUUAAUAAUAAAUACCAAUACUGCUGAAUAAUAAUUUCCCUCAUAAAAAUUAAACUAGACUAGUUAGCAUUCAUCUAAAGCAUCUCUAACUCUAACAUAGAAUUAAUAAUAAUUACAUCAAAUUAUAACAAUUAUAUAUUAUAAUUCUUUUAGAAAAGUCCACAAAAAUAAACUAAACUACCUAUUUUCUUAGAUAAAAAGAUUAUAAUAUAAAAACAAGAAUAAUUUGGAGUUAAGGUACAAAUACUAAAUAAUUCUCUUGGGCUGACUCAGUUAAAUUAUCAUUAUCAAAAAGAAACUCUUCUUUAAAUGUAAUUAUUAAAUUAUAGCAAGAAAAGAGGUUAGGUUCAAAAGAAAAAUUAAAAGCUCUCCCAGAAUAAUAUCAAAUUUAUUAAUAAUAAUAAAUUACUUAAUCAUUUGAACCAAAUCAUAAUUUAGAAUUUGACUUUGAUCAGAAAUUAAUAAAAUCAGCAGAUAAAAAAUGUUAUACUUAAAUUUAGCAUGACUUCUAAAUGUGAUGAUUUAACUAAAGUAUUUGCUUAAUUGCAAAUUGAAAUCAAAUAAGCAUCCUAAAUAGGCAAACAAAAUUCAGUAAUUUCAUAUAUGAAAGGUACUUUUAAUGUAUUAUAUAUUAAAUAGCUAUACCUGAGCAAGAAGAUGAUGGAUGCUCUUCAUUAGCUUAAAAUACUCUCUAUUAAUUUUAAUUAUUAUUACUAAUUAUUAAACUAAUUUAGAGAUAUUGA